GCUUGUAUGGUAGAAAAUGAGUGUGAAGAUCCUAGUCAAGAAACAAUCACAUUCCUUUAUAAAUUUGUUAAGGGGGCUUGCCCUAAAAGUUAUGGAUUUAAUGCUGCAAGGCUUGCUGACAUUCCAGAAGAAGUGAUUCAGAAAGGCCACAAAAAGGCAAAAGAGUUUGAAAAAUCUGUUCUUUCAAUGAAAGUAUUUAGGAAUCUUUGUUGGAUAGCUGAAGGAGCUUUAGCAGCCAAAGACUAUCUUGACAAACUAACUCUGCUUCAUGUUUGAGACCCUGUAUAGUUUUUCCAGCAGUUUUCAAAGGCAGUAUGUAAACAACACAAUGAUCUAAUAAACUUUAUUUUUUAAAAAUGA